AUGAGAAAAUUAGUAACAAACCCAAUAAAUAAAGUGCCGAGUAUGUAUAUAUGGUUAGGAGGUCCGUAUAACAAAAUGUACAUUCUGUAUAAAUUUUAUACGGUUAUCUCAUGGGCAGUUGGUAAUGGUAUUCCAGGUAUCCUUAUUUAUACUUUAAAAUUAGCAAAAGCAAAUGAUUUUUGUGUCAGAGGUAAGUUAUAUCGGGUUAUCAAAUAUUGGACUACAAUAGAUUUUCGAGGAGUAAGUAUACUUGCAAAAUGA